AUGGAGCCCAGUCUUAUUGGAAAGAGACUGAAGGACUUCACGAUGAGCUACGCGGCUGCUGAGACGGUCGUGCCCACCAGCUCAUGGGCUGCCACCAACCUGUUUUACGUUCUCUUGGUACCUGCUGUGCUAUUAUGGUACACUUACUGGCGCAUGUCCAGACGGCACCUUUACGAAUUGGCCGAUAAAAUUGCGGGACCCAAAGGACUGCCUCUCAUCGGAAAUGCUUUGGAAUUCACCGGUGGUUCUGAUGAAAUCUUCAAGAGAAUCGUUAAGCGCAGUGAAGAAUUCGAUGAGAGUAUCAUCAAGGUGUGGAUCGGACCUCGUCUCUUGGUAUUUUUGUACGAUCCACGCGAUGUUGAAUUAAUUCUCAGCAGUCACGUCCACAUUGAUAAGGCGGAUGAGUACAAAUUCUUCAAGCCAUGGCUCGGAGAUGGUCUCCUCAUCAGUACCGGACAAAAAUGGCGUUCUCACAGAAAAUUGAUUGCACCAACUUUCCACUUGAAUGUAUUGAAGAGUUUCAUCGAUCUUUUCAACGCAAACUCGAGGGCUGUGGUAGACAAACUGAAGAGAGAAACUGGCACCUUCGACUGCCAUGACUACAUGAGCGAAUGCACUGUGGAAAUCCUACUGGAAACGGCUAUGGGUGUAAGCAAAAGUACACAAGAUCGAAGUGGUUUCGAAUACGCUAUGGCUGUAAUGAAGAUGUGCGACAUUCUUCAUUUGAGACACACCAAGAUCUGGCUCAGACCUGAUGUUCUGUUUAACUUCACACAGUACGCAAAGCUACAAAACAAACUGCUUGACAUUAUUCACGGAUUAACUAAAAAGGUUAUCAAGAGGAAGAAGGAAGAAUUCAAGUCUGGAAAUAAACCAUCGCCACUUGUAACAGAAUACGUUGAACCCUCUGAAUCUACUAAAACUACCUCUGUUGAGGGCCUUUCCUUUGGGCAAUCCAGUGGUCUAAAGGAUGACUUGGAUGUUGACGACGAUGCUGCAGUCGGCCAGAAGAAGCGUCUGGCUUUCCUUGAUCUGCUUUUGGAAAGUGCUCAAGGUGGAGUCGUUAUAUCCGACGAAGAAAUCAAAGAACAAGUAGACACUAUUAUGUUUGAGGGCCAUGACACCACCGCCGCUGGCAGCAGUUUCUUCUUAUCAGCUAUGGGUAUCCAUCAAGACAUUCAAGACAAAGUAGUUGAAGAACUGGACAAAAUUUUCGGUGACUCAGACCGUCCAGCCACUUUCCAAGACACAUUGGAGAUGAAGUAUUUGGAACGGUGCUUGAUGGAAACUCUACGUAUGUUCCCUCCAGUGCCUAUUAUUGCUCGUCAUCUGAAACAAGACGUGACAAUGCCAUCCAAUGGCAAGAAAGUGCCCGCUGGUUCCACCGUCAUUAUUGCUACCUAUAAGUUACAUCGUCGUGAGGACAUCUACCCCAAUCCUGAAAAGUUCGACCCUGACAACUUCUUGCCUGAACGUUCUGCUAACCGCCACUACUAUGCUUUCGUGCCUUUCUCUGCUGGCCCCAGGAGUUGCGUAGGCCGCAAAUACGCAAUGUUGAAACUGAAGAUUAUCCUUUCAACCAUUUUGAGAAACUUCCGCGUCCACUCUGACCUGAAGGAAUCUGACUUCAAACUUCAAGCUGACAUUAUCCUAAAGCGAGCUGAAGGUUUCAAAGUGCGCCUGGAGCCCCGAAAGAGAAUGGCCAAAGCAUGUUAG